AUGGUCACAGAACUUCUGGUCUUGCUCUGCCUGGGGCUGUGUCUGGGCUCUGAAGAUGAGAAAAAGAAGGAGACACUUCCCAAGCCGUCCCUCAGCACCAGGACCAGCUUAGUGGUUGAAAGGAAAAGCAAGACUCUGAAGUGCCAGGCUCAUUUGCAGAAUGUGACAUUCAUGCUGAGGAAGUUGCACGACUUUGAGUACCCACAAGAGCAGAGCUCAGCAGGAAACAAAGCUGAAUUUCCCAGCACUGACCUGGAGCCCAAGGAUGCUGAGAGGUACUUUUGUGCCUACAAGACAACAGCCUCCCAUGAGUGGUCAGAAAACAAUGAACUCUUUCAGUUGAUGGCUACAGAUAGAUGCAAUAUCUUAAAAGUGGGAACUUUGGGUACAGUGGCUCACACCUGUAAUCCCAGGACUCUCCCAGCAGACACCAGAAUCAUCUUCGUCACCACCUUUACCUGCAUCUCCAUCCUCCUCCUCUUCCUCUCCAUUUUCUUCAUCUACAGAUGCAGUCAGCAGGGUUCAUCACAUGAAGAAUCCACCAGGAGAACCAGCCAUUCCAAAUUAUCUGAACAGGAGGUUACAGAUUUACCCAAGAUGGAAAAGCUAUCUUUCUCGACUGAAGACCCCCAGGGAGUGACCUACACUGAACUAAACGCCACCGCACUGUCCAAGGCAGCCUCUGCCCCCACUGAGGAGCCCCCCAGAUCCAGUGACUAUGCAACCCUGAAAGUGUAG